AUGAUGAACGGACGGGCCGUUAGGUCCGUUCUGAUACGCAAUAAUCGACAAGAGAACGGAUCUGUAGAUCACGUUCCCCGCUCGAUCCAAUUUGAUGAAAGUUCUGAAGAAUACAGAUGCCUAUGCAAUUGUUUUCAUGUCAAAACAGGCGCUUUCAUAAUUGGCUGCGUUCACGUCCUCAUGAUUCUCUUUUUCCUGAUCCACAGUCUUUUCGUCUACUUCCAACACGAUGGACGGUUGCAACAAGCACGAGGCGUAAAAGAAAACUAUGUGUUCGGCUCAUUUCUCGCUGAAAUGAUUGGACUAGGAUUGGGUAUAUUUGCAGUUUUCCUCCUCUUCGUCGCAUUGUCUCGAAACUCGGCAUUACUCGUCGUACCACAUCUUGUUAUGCAGGUUAUUGCCAUUCUCUGCUUCAUUUUGGUAUUGGUUAGUGGAACGAUAGCUUUGUGUACGGAUUCAGCAGUCUUCUACCGAUUGAUUAAUGCAGCACCGUUUAUGGAACAUCCGAAUAACAACACUGUUGCAUUGGAUACUGGAACAAUGGUUCGAAUCUACUCCCUCAUGAUUGUAUAUGCCAUAUCACUUGCUUUGGAAUUCUGGUUCAUUGUAGUCAUCUACAACUGCAACAGAUACCUUGACGAGCGCAGCGACUACAUGAAAUACUGUCUAGCAUUCAGUACACCAAUGAAAACACUUUCUGCCAGAUAG